UUUAAGGUCAAGCAGUCUGAUCCGCGUGGCCAUUUAACUGCUUCUCAGGCUCUGUCCGUUCCUCGCGACUACAUUCUUGAAGAAGCUGCAGGAUUACUAAAGGGACGUUGGCCAAAUAAAAUUAAAGUUAGCCUGGGCAAUAAAACCAGUUAUAAGAAUAAGCGAAAGUCAGAAAAAGAGCCUUCCUGCUGGAACAGUUUCAAGUAUGUCAAGUAUAAUAAUGCCAACACUACAUCGGCUUUUGGAACUGCAAUGCCUGGCGAAAAUUUUAUGGCUGAUAUGAUAGGCCAAAACUUCCUCCUGAAUCAACCUAUGAAUCAGAUUCUAAAUCAGGCCAUAAAAGCCACUUUGGGGGCUGCAUCUGCAACGCCAGAUAUUUUUAAUGUUCAAAAAUUAGAGCUGCCAAAGCACGGGGAAAAUGAAAAAGGGAAGAGCCGUCAACAGUUGCGGGUACUGGCUUUUGCUAUUUCCUUAGUCAGCUACCUAUGGAUGGGCGACCAGCUUUGUGACCUGCUGGCCAAUCCAUCGCACGAGUUUCUAAUUCGACUGAUGUGUCAAGGAUUAUAUUGA